AUGCCACCCUUUUUCGAGAAUUAUUUGGCGCAAGAUAAUAGAAACGAAGUUAUAGAUGAGACAUAUGGAGCCUAUGGUCCGAGAGAUAAUUUGAGAUUUGGGCCUAGGGACGUCGCUGCUUCGGAACAUGCCGAGAAGCAUCCCCUGCAGGCAAAUUUGGAGAAUUGGCAUUCCAUUGACGCCACUUUAUCUGAAAUCCGCGCGGAGCAGUUAUUUGGCGCACACAUGGCAUUCCGUCUUAGACAAGAGCGCUUAAUAGCCGAAGGUAUUGCUAAAAAUCGCCAGACAUUGGGUCUUUCGUCCAACAUCUUGUCCAGAGAGAUUCUGGCAAAUUCUGACGAAUCCAUCGAUGCUCCCGAUUUUAAGUUUCAUUUUUAA